AUGUCAAAGUUCAUUACUACAUUCAGGGAGCUUGCUACAUAUAAGGAGCUUCUUCGUUCCCAAGUAGAGCACGUGCUGAUUGAUCGCUUGACUCAGUUUUUGUCCAUUGAUGUGCUAGAUGCAAAGAUGCAAACCCUGAAUUCCAUCAAUAACGUUAACUAUUGUUCAUCAUUGCCUGGAAAGCUUCAUUAUGUUUACUCUGCAAAAAUUGAGCAAUACAACUGGAAACUUAAUAAACCACUGGCUUAUUCGGCUCUAUAUCACAAUUCAUCAUUCUUGGGCGUAGCUGUUCACGAAAGGUGGCAUGUGACAUUUAUUGGCGGCGAUAUUGUGUUGUCGAUGGCUUAUCGCUUGUGUCGUAUUGACUUUUCUGCUGAUGAAGUUGACUGUGUUCAACUAGUUCUCGCUUGGUAUCGGCGUUGGUUGCAUUUGGGUAUGCCUUUGUGCCAAUGGUGUUGGUCUGAUCGUUGUGGUCUCAUUGUUGCUUUGGCGGUGUCGUUGGCUUCGUUGAGUGGUGUUGUUUAG